AUGACACGACAUGGGAAAAAUAAUACCGCAUCCUCGGUCUUCACUCAUGCCGAACGAAUGAUGACGGGAAAUGGCAGCAAAACCCAAAGAUUCACUUCAGAUUCCAUGGUUGGAUUUGACGCCUGUCGACUAUGUCUCAAUUCCGCCCGGGACCCCCGCGUGGACUCAGAAGGACAUUUGUUCUGCCACGAAUGUAUCCUGGAACACAUCCUUGGUCAGAAGAAAGAUUUGAAAAGACAACGUGCCUUGCUCGAACAAAUGAGUCUAGAAGAAGCAGCCGAGCGAAAAGCUACACUUGCCGCUGCUCGGGAAAGAGUCCUGCAGGAUUUCGAACGAGCUCAAGCAGGAAUCUCUACGCAGACAACGAUGAGCUCAAGUGCGACGACAAAUACCAAAGGCAGUAGCAGUGUAUUUAAUCAAACCCCAGCUCAGAAGCCGCGGCUGGAAGAACUCACGACCGCUGCAGAACGUGCUGCUUUAGAGACAUUAGAACGAGAGGCACUGGCAUCCAGAAGGGCAAAACUACCCAACUUUUGGCUCCCCUCCCUCACUCCUUCCGCUCCCCCCACGCGCGUCUCUGCCCUCCCGAGCUCCCAACUUCGUCCACUAUGUCACGUCAGUAACCGUAAAGGGGAAAAUCGUGCCCAUCCGAUCAAACUCUCAGACCUCGUGGCAGUCUAUUUCGAAGCAGAACUCACAUCUACCGAUAGCUCUUCCAAGAAAAACUCGCUCAAGUGCUGCGCUGGUUGUCGCAAAGCCCUCAAUAGAAACACGAAACUAGCUGUUUUAAAACCCUGCGGACAUGUUGUUUGUUUAGUCUGUGUGAAUACACUUGUGAAGCCGAACAAGAACAACUUGGAGUCGGACGACCGGUGUCCCAAAUGCGAUAAACCGACUAGUAACGUAAUCGAGAUCGAGAGGGAAGGUACGGGAUUUGCCGCGGGCGGGAUGGCUCAAGGGACCAAAUUCGAUGUCGCCUUUCAGGGUUGA